ACGGAACCGGACUCACGUUGCACAAAUGUGUCAAGCGCCCCGGAAUACUGGGAGACUCAGCUUCGUAACAGGGAUUUAAUUAAACAUUGUUUCUUGACAACCAGACGAUACAUUCACAUGAAAACUAACAGAAGAGGAGACGCGUCUGCUGUGUAAAAGUUUGUAACAGACGAGAGUGAAAGAGGCGGCAGCAUCUGCGUGGCUCUUCCAUCCCCUCCCUUUCAACUUCCACUCAUCCCUGUGUUUGCAAGUCUUUCAUAAAGCCCUGCCUUUCUAGCAUUCCGCACAGACUGAAGCACCUGUGUGAACAACCCCACAUGGAACCCAUUUUGAUUGCUGAACAUAUGAAGACCUCUGCUGAUCAACGUGACUGGAUAAAUUCCUACUGAUGUGUGACCAAAACGAAGAGAUGCCCGGUGGCGACAGCGGCCCAGAUGGGGAGGAGCCUGCGUUAACAGGAGAAGAGAGGAUGUCAUCGGGGCUGCAGGACCGCAGCACUCAGUCCGAAUGUGUCAGGGGGGAGGACAAGGAGGAUGAGGAGAUGACUAGUGGAUCACAUGACCUCUCCUCCUCAGACAAUCACAGCCCUGGUAGCGCCACAGGAUCCACAUCCACCUCCACGAAGAGUAGUGUGAAUGCAGACGAGGGCAAAGGUCAGACCCACAAAGAGUUGAUGUACACAGUGGCUGAGAUGAAGAAGAGGCUUCCAUCCGACAAACGCAGCCGCAGCAAAGCCAGCACUGUAGAGGCCUUACAUUAUGCCCUCAAGUGUGUCAAGCAAGUCCAAGCCAAUAGCGAGUAUUACAAACUGCUGAUGCAAAAUGGCCAGGAUGAGAGGAGAGAUGCCACCGUUUGCACUCCUGAAGAGUUGGAGAGGGUCACAUCUGAACACAACCUUAAAAACACGGACUCUUUCGUGGUGGUGUUCUCCCUGUCGAGUGGCCGUGUCUUGCAUGCAUCCGAGCAUGCUCCCAGCAUCUUGUGCUGCAAGAGGAAGUUCCUUGAGUCUGCCAAGUUUGUGGAGCUGCUCUUCCACCAAGAUGUGAAUGUUUUCUACUCACACACGGCGCAGCCGCAUCUACCGCCCUGGACAAACUCACACACAGCGGGGGUUCUAUUUGACUGUGCCCAGGUCAAAUCUUUCUUCUGCAGAAUCAGGGGUGGGAAGGACCGUGAGGGUGAAAUGCGCUACAACCCCUUUCGAAUCACACCCUACUUGCUGAAAGUGCAGGGAACAGGAAGCAGCGGGGAGGAGGAAGAGCCGUGCUGCUUGGCGCUGGCUGAACGCAUCAUUUCAGGAUAUGAGGCACCUCGAAUCCCCAUGGACAAGCGUAUCUUCACCACCACCCACUCACCUGGCUGUGUGUUUCUAGAAGUGGACGACAGGGCCGUACCACUGCUAGGAUACCUCCCUCAAGAUUUGAUUGGCACGUCUUUGCUAACCAGCAUUCACCCAGAGGACCGUCCGCUCAUGCUGUCGAUGCACAGAAAGGUUUUAAAGUAUGCAGGACAGCCACCGUUUGAACACUCGCCGGUGCGUAUGCGCUGCCAAAAUGGUGACUACAUCACGUUGGACACCAGCUGGUCCAGCUUCAUCAACCCUUGGAGCCGCAAGGUGGCCUUCAUCAUAGGACGGCAUAAAGUCCGAACGAGCCCGCUAAAUGAGGAUGUGUUUGCUGCUCACAGUAAAGGGGAUGUACCUGUCACCCAUGAAGAAAUAAAAGAUUUACAAGCCAAGAUUCAUAAGCUCUUCUUGCAGCCUGUCCACAACAACGGUUCCAGCGGUUAUGGCAGUUUAGGAAGUAACGGUUCCCAUGAGCAUUACAUCAGCGUGGCUUCUUCAAGCGACAGCAAUGGGAACUUGUGGGAGGACACACACCGGGAACCUAUGACUCUUCAGCAAAUCUGUGCUGAUGUGAACAGAGUCAAGAAUUGGGGGAAGCAGGCAUAUUUUGAUUCCAAUCGCAAAAUUGCUCUGCUUGGUAAACCAGCUCCAGCACACUUGCCUCCGGUUUUCUCCAGCCCUGAUGUUAGAGAACGUGAGGAAAGCAGAAAGCAAACACACAUUCCCUCCUACCAGCAGAUCAACUGUGUGGACAACAUUAUUAGGUAUUUGGAGAGUUGUACAGGCCCAGCUCUUAAGCGGAAAAGUGAAUCUCAAUCCUUUGCCACCUCUUCUUCUUCAUCCUCCACCUCCGAAGAUGACAAGCCUGCUGGAGCCAAUGAUGCAGCUCAAGCUACUUCAGAUGUAGUGGUGCUGGACAGUGAGGUGUCAGUUGGCCCAAGCACAGCAGCGGUCGUUGGAGCUCCUCUGACAGACAUCACAAUGUCCACUAAGGCAAUGAGUGUGGUCUCUGUCACUAGUCAGUGUUCAUACAGCAGCACCAUUGUCCAUGUGCCUCAGCCUGAAUCAGAGGUUACAGCACUGGAGGAUGUACCAAUGGGAAGUGAUCCUACUGAUCCUGCUCCAACACCUGUCCGCCCGGCUCCGAGCCCUGCCACUGAGGAGCGAAGGCUUGUUGGUCUCACCAAGGAGGUGCUGUCAGCUCACACGCAGAAGGAGGAGCAAGAGUAUGUGGAUCGAUUCCGCAAUCGCAUUCUGCAGAGCCCCUACAGUUUUUAUCUGCAGCUGGACAAUAGCUCCAUGGCUCACUCCCACCACAGAGGUGAAUACCCACGUCCAAUUAGUGGUGGGUUGAACCGCUCUCGAAGAGGAAAGCCCAGACUUAAGCGCCCCAAACCUCAAGGCUCCUCAGACAGCUACACCUCCCCAGCUGGACCUCCUCGUCGUGUCCCAGAGUCCUCCUGGCCCUCCUCAGAAUCCUCCCAGCCCCAGAUGACAGCACCCUACAGUCAAGCAUCCCCUCUUCAAGCACCAUUCAUUCCCAUGAUGGCGACCCAGCCAGCCCCAGAGCAACCACUUAGACCACAACAGCUGCCCGUACCCCCUCCAAUUGCGGUGCAGCCCCCUGACCAGAACCAGCUCAGCUACAACUUCAGCUUCAUGCAGCAAACCCAGAACAUGCCAGGCAUGCAACCUAUGCAGAUGGAAUCCAUCCAGAAUCCGCAGAAUAUCUCUAAUUUUCACUGCAUGCAGCCCAUGGCUCCAGCCCAGAGUAUCAACCCUUUCAUGACACCAGUCAUGGCUGUCAUCCUGCCCAACUACCCAACUUUCACUUCAGGUUACCCAUCUAUUUACCCACCGUCCACUGUCUCUAUGCUGCCCCAGGCACCCAUCGCCAUGGCAGGAUUCGCCCCUACGGCCCCCUUCCCACAACCUCAAUUCCAAGCCCAGCCUGUCCCUCAACACCAGACCUCCCCUGUGCCCCUACUGGGUUCACCCAGAGCCUGCUCUUCUGGCGGUGAGGAGGAGGAAGCGGCUGACCCACGCGCUUUAUUCUCCAGCUCUCGCUCAAGUUCUCCUCUUCAACUCAACUUGCUGCAGGAGGAGCUGCCCAAACCGAGCGAAGGACAGAGCAGCACUGGGCAUAACCAUGCUGAAAGCCUUCAUGAGCAUCGAAACAACAAGGGUGACGCCCCGAGUGAGUCUGGGAACCAUGAUGCUCAGUCGACAUCAAGUGAGCUGCUUGACCUGCUGCUGCAAGAAGAUGCACGGUCAGGGACUGGCUCUAAUGCCUCCGGGUCUGGUUCAGGGGAGUCUGGAGGCUCACUGGGAUCAGGCUCUGGGUCUGGCUCCAAUGGAACCUCUACCUCACACACUGGCAGUAGCAACAGCAGCAAGUACUUUGCCAGCAAUGAUUCAUCAGACACAUCACGCAAAGCCAGAAAAAGCCAGGAAGCACCAGCUGAGCACCAACGCAGCUUCGACACUCAGGUGGAGAACUCGCUAUGGAGCAUGAUCCAGCACACGUCAGAACGUGUCAUGAUGACUUACCAGAUCCACACAAGGGACCAGAAUGAGGUGUUGGCUGAGGACAGGGAGAAGCUACAGGUACUUCAGCCUCUCCAGCCUUGGUUCAGCCAGGAGCAGCGAGAGGAGCUUGCUGACGUCCAUCCCUGGAUCCAGCAGCACACCAUCCCACAAGAAAUAGACACACAGGGUUGUAUGAGCUGCAACAGUGGCGCAGGGGUGGCCCACUCCCCUUCACCCCCAGACCCUGAUAGCUCAUCCCCUCUGGAGAUCCUCGAGCCAGACUCCCUUGUGGACACUUGAGAGAGCUGCAACCCCCAAACAACCAUCAACCUUCGACAGCUCCCUACCAUGCAUCUUGUCUGAUCAGGCCAGAGGAUUAGGGCUCUGUGCUUUAGUUUAACUUGAUAUGUAAAAAAUAUCCAGGGCUGGAUGGACCCUGUGGUGUGUGGAGCAAGAGCGAUGAGCACUUAAUUUUAUUUUACUGGUAUUUACUCUCAAAGUCAGCCCUAACUGACAUUGGACCAUUGGACCGUGACUAUUAUACCUCUCUUCAUGUUUCUCUUUUAAAGUAUAUCCUGUGGCACCAGUUCAUGCAUAUUGCAAGAGGACCCCAUGGCUGCCACCCCAGGAACAUGAACACUGGGCACACUGUAGCUCAAUUGUGACCAAGUGACAGGACAACACACCACACAGGCCCGGUUUGAAGGAUCAGAACACACACUCGACGCUUCAGUAAGAACAGGUUGGACCACUUAAUGUUGGAGCCCCCUGAGAACUGCACGCACACAGUCUUGGAUGGAGACAUUGCUGACCCAGUUUGUGUAUCCAAACACAAACGUUUAUGGACCUGUAGUACAGCUUGUACAGUAUAUGUACCACAAGAACUCCCUCGGUGGCACAGAUACCAUGGUUGACACAUGGUAGAUUGUUUUUAGAAUGUCUGAGACAAAGACGCACAUGCUGCUUUCUGUUAAUAACGCUCUUAAUAUUUUUGGUUUGAUUGCUACUGCAGUGUCAUCUCUGUUCUCCAUAGGUUGAUUGUCUCCGGUCAUGUACCUCUGUCAUGUCUUUUGGGUACAUAAACAGCAGAUACAAUAUGUGGAUUAUUUCAAGAAGAAUUUACAACAGCUUGCGUUUGCGCUCUCCAGAUUCCAGCCUCAUCCUGGUUUUACUUACUUACACAUGAAAUUCCUUUUACUGUCUGGCCCUGUGUGUGUGUGUGUGUGUGUGUGUGUGUGUGUGUGUGUGUGUGAGAGAUGAAUGGUCUAGUCUGAAUAUUGUGGAUGGUUAUCUAAAGCUGUGUGUAUGUGUGUGAUUGCUGCUU